UGCACAACAUGGAGAUACGCUCAGCAGUCGCUGCCUCCUUCGUCCUACUACUAUUAUCACUUUCCAGCUUCCUAAAGCUGUCUGCUGGCGCCGAGCUCUUCUCGUGGCAGUGCUACAACGGUUCGAGCUACAAGGAGAACGGCACCUACCAGUCCAACGUCCGCAGCCUCCUCGCAUCCCUCGCCGCCAACGCCUCCCGGUCACAGUCCCUGUUCGCUACCACCGUCGUCGGCACCAGCUCCGACACGGUGUGGGGCCUCGGGCUAUGCCGCCGCGAUAUCACCAACGGCACCGAGUGCGAGUCCUGCCUCGCCCUCGCGCCAGUGGUCGCGUUCGGCAGUGGUGAUUACUGCAAGGGCGUCAAGGAUGUGUCCAUCUUCUACGACCGCUGCAUCGUCCGUUACUCCCCCCACGACUUCCUGACCAGCCCAGACAACCGGCAGGUGCAGUCCAGGGGGCCCAGCAAGGAAGCUGUCAUCCCACACGACGCCGCCAAUCGGUACGACGCGCUCAUGGUGAGCCUCGCCGUCGCUCUCGCCAAGUCAGCGGCGUUCAAUACCACGUCCAGGUACGCCACCGGGGUCAUGGUCUCCGACCAGGGGUUCACGACCAACGCCAGCGAUGACGUGGUGCGCACGAUCUACGGGCUGGUGCAGUGCACGCCGCGGGGCCCUUGCCUGGAGUGCCUGCAAGGGCUCGUAGACGGGAUGAAGUUCAACGGCAGCGUCGGGGGGCAUAUCUUCGGCAUAUGGUGCAACAUCAGGUUCGAAAAGCAAGUCUUUUACGAUGGCAGCCCCAUGCUGAACCUCAUCGCCCCGCCGCCGACGCCACCUUCUUCUCCCCUCCCGUAUGGUACAACAGACGGGACAAGGUGGCGACAACGCGCCGCGACGGUAUCCACCAUUGUUCUUGGCGUCGCAGUUAUCCUCCUGUCCAUAACUGUAGUCUUCCUAUGGAGAAACAAGGCUACAACACAACUCUCUUACCAGGAAGAUGGCGACGACCCUGAAUCACUUCUGUUUGAUCUGACAACCUUAAGACGCGCAACUGACAAUUUUGCCCAAGAGAAUAAGCUUGGGCAUGGAGGCUUUGGCGCAGUAUACAAGGGCGUAUUGCCUCAUGGACGGGAAAUAGCUGUAAAAAGAUUAGACAAAGCUUCAGGGCAAGGUCUGAAGGAGUUGAGAAACGAGCUACUGUUGGUGGCGAAGCUGAAGCACAACAAUCUCACAAAGCUUCUCGGCGUGUGCUUGAAAGGAGAAGAGAAGUUACUUGUGUACGAGUACCUGCCCAACCGAAGCCUGGACACCUUCCUUUUUGCACCUGAAAUUGAGAAGCGUCUGCUGCUGAGCUGGGAGAUAAGGUUCCGUAUAAUCUAUGGGACGGCACGAGGUCUCUUAUACCUUCAUGAGGACUCACAGAUAAAGAUCAUACACCGUGAUCUCAAGGCUAGCAACAUCUUGCUCGACACCGACAUGAACCCCAAGAUCUCGGAUUUUGGCCUGGCAAGGCUCUUCAACAGUGACAAGCCGAGUACCACCACGGGCCAAGUCGUCGGAACAUUAGGAUACAUGGCCCCGGAGUACGCGGUUCUGGGGCACCUGUCGGUCAAGAUAGACGUGUACAGGUUCGGCGUGCUGGUCCUGGAGAUUGUUACGGGCAGGAAAAAUACAGACGCAUUUGAAGAAUCAUCUGCGGGAGAGUCCGGCACUCUGCUCAACUAUGUGUGGGAUCAGUGGUCCAAGGGAACGGCGCUGGCGACGAUGGAUCCAAUGUUGGAGUGCAUGGUUGCGGAGGAGGGCGAGGUGAUGAAAUGCGUCCACCUGGGGCUCCUCUGCGUCCAGGAGAACCCGGCGGACCGGCCGACCAUGCUGGAGGUUCUCGUGAUGCUGCAUGGCCACGCGUCGAGCUUCGUGGCGCCGUCGAAGCCUGCAUUCACCUUCACCUUCGCGAGCUCGACGGACGACAUUGUGCUGUCCGCAUCAGAUCCAGGCGUCCAAAGUGCAUCGGCCACGCCGUCCGUCAACGAGAUGUCGGUAUCAGAGUUCGAGCCUAGAUAGAU